AUGUGCUCACGGGGGCAGAUCCACGACAAAGGGGCUGCAUCGCCCCUCGUAAUUUGCCGGUAUUGUGAUGCACGCACUUGUUUCACCCAUCAGGUCCUUUGGCACAAAGGCCUCACAUGCAGGCAGUAUAGUAUUCAGGCAAAACGCAGACAGGAGAUUCACGCAAAUGAAGAGUAUAUCGGGGCGCACACCAAACGGUGCCCAAAUCCAACUUGUGGGCGUCCGAUCGAAAAAGCGCAGGGCUGUGACCACAUGACAUGCCGUAAGCCAGGAGGAUGUGGCCACGAGUUUUGUUGGGAUUGCCUCGCAGAUUAUGGGCCCAUUCGUCUCCAAGGAAAUCAUCGACACAAACCUGGGUGUAGACAUUAUACAGGCGGCAGUUCGAACGAAUUUGCCGAGGUUACCGCGUUGACCGUUGUGGAAGGGCUGCGUGCUCGGCCCAUACGCCAGCGUCCUACUCUAAUAAAUAGAAGGGUUAAUUUGGAUAACUUAACAGGGCCCUUUACGCACGCACGGCCGGUUGCUGCUGAGCACCCUCAUCUUACCGUACGAGAUGCGGGUAGGAUGGUGCUGCAAGCUGAAGCAAAUGGCAUGCAUAAUCAGCAGCCUCCUGGGCCUGUUACGUCGCUGGUGCGGGCUAGGGACAGAAGCCUGGACGAUUCGCAAGGCAAUGGGUCCCGGCCGGCUACGAGCAUGAAUAAUGGUGAAGGGAUGUGCUGCAAGCAUUCGGUUUACCGUCUAAUCGAUAAUAACCCCGCUAUCUACGGCCACCCCGUCCCGCCCCUUUCUCAUUCGCCUCCACGUUCAAUGAUGGAUGCCCUCGGGAGCAGGUCCGAGGACGAGUAUUUUACCAUUUCUCUAAACCCGUUUGUAUCCUCGGAGACCAAGAAAUGGUCUCUUCCGCCAGAGCAAGUGCUUCUCUCCCGCUCGACAGUCACUUAUCGUGGUCGGAAUGCAUACAAGAGCAAGCGCGCAGAUGCAUAUCAACAGCCUCCCCCCACCCAAGUCUGCGAAAUCUGUCUCGAGACACGAGAUUUACUGUGCCCCACUAGCCUCUGCACGCACGAAUCAAAUGUCUGUGAAUCGUGUCUUCAAGAGUAUGUUAUACACGCUGUCAAGAUUAUGGGACAGACUCGGUUAGUUUGCCCAGGAUUUAGGUGCAAGGAAGUACUGGGCCAAGAGGAUGUAGUCAAGUCUAUUAGGGAGGAUAAAGAUUGUCUGGAUCGCAAGGCACUCAUUAUCAUUACUCGGAUUGUCGACAUUAUACCCCAAUUGGAGCUACCACAAACGCUCCAACGCCACCUCGGAGACACCAUCAAACACCUCUCAGGAACCGAGUGUCACCCGCACGUCGCCCCUCUUAUCGAGCAGUAUGAUGUUUGA